ACACAGCGCGGAGCCUCGUCCCGAGCACGGCGAGCCUGGCCGGCCGAUGGAGCCGGUGGCUCCCUGACCAUCGCGCGUCGGCUGCGCUCUCGGUUCCUCUGCGCCCACAGGGAGGGCGCCUAAACCACCGGGUGGGCGCCGAUCCUCACAGCGCACCGGGUUCCCCCCCCCCCCAGGGAAGGGAGGCCAGGAGCCCAUCGCCGGCGCCCUCGCAGCAGUAUGUGGAGGAGAGUCCCUCGCCUCCGGCCACCAUGUACGUGAGUUACCUGUUGGAGAAAGACGGCGCCUCCAUGUACCCGGGCUCGGUGCGCCACGCCGGGGGGCUCAACUUGGCGGCGGCGCAGAACUUCGUGGGCGCCCCGCAGUACUCGGACUACGGCGCCUACCAUGUGCCCGCCGGGAUCGGGCUGGACAACGCGCAGUCGCCGGGAUCGCCCUGGCCCGGCGCCUACGGGGCGCCUUUGCGCGAUGACUGGAACGGCUACGGGCAGGGGGGCGUCCCUGGCGCGGCCGCCAACGCCGUGCACGGACCCUCCGGCGCGGCAGGAUUGGCAUACAGCCCCGUCGGGGAUUACCACCCGCACCCGCACCACCACCACCCUGCGCAGGGGCCGCCGGCGCCCCCCUGCGGAGUCCCCGCUUCCGGGGGGCUGAUGCAGCCGCUCAACUCGCCGCCCGGCGCCGAGCACCUUUCUCCCGGCGGCCAGAGGCGGAACCCCUGCGACUGGAUCAGGAAACCCACGGCAGGGGGACCCGUGAAAACCAGGACGAAAGACAAGUACCGCGUGGUCUACACUGAUCACCAGCGGCUGGAGCUGGAGAAGGAGUUUCACUACAGCCGCUACAUCACGAUUCGGAGGAAAGCUGAACUGGCAGCCAAUCUGGGAUUGUCAGAGAGACAGGUGAAAAUCUGGUUUCAGAACAGGCGGGCAAAGGAGAGGAAGAUCAACAAGAAGAAGUUGCAACAGUCUCAGCCAGGGGGUGUGCACAGUGGAUCAGAACCGAUGAGCCCAGUGUCCUCCAUGCAGCCAGGGACAACCGGCUCCGGCCCCAACGGAGGAGGAGUGUUGAGUGCUCCCGGUUUAGUGCCAGCCACAGCACAGUGACAGCCGCUGGGGAGAAAAGACUGAGCAGCUGGAUACGUCCUGCUCUCCUUCGCUGAAGGGGAGGCACACAUGCACACCAGCCCCUGGUGGGAAAGGCCACUGGUCCAUUGGUGAAAUCGAUAUGGGGACACGGUGGCUCUGCUUCCCAUCUGGACUUCUGUACACAGCACCACACUCCCAGCUUUUGGUUUGCUGCGCAUUUGUACAAAAUGUACUGUGAUCAACCCACAUUGUGUGGCAACUGGGGAGGGGAGGGAAGUUGAUUUCCCCCACCCCCAUAAUUCGCUUCACUUUGUUUCCACGCUUGUGGUAGGUGCCAUGCAACUGACACUCCUCUUUGCAAAUGAAAAACACUGUUAUCUCAGGGAACUGGGCCUGGAAUGCCUUCUGUUGUUGUUGUUUGUUUGUUCUCGUCAUUCCUGUUUUUAUUACCAAUGUUGUUGAUAAAUAUUAGUGGGCAAAAGAAAAUGCGGGGGGAGGGGACUAAAGCAUAUUUCACUUUGUUUUCCUGGUACUCUAGAUAUAUCAAAAGGAGCACUGCAGAAAACGUAUAUGAGGCACUCAGGACGACAUCUGAAGAAGUGUGCAUGCACACGAAAGCUCAUACCAAUGACGAAGCUUAGUUGGUCUCUAAGGUGCUACUGGAAGGAUUUAAUUUUAUUUUGUCAGGACCACAGUUAGUGGUACAGCAUCUGCAUUGCACGGAGAACAUCCCAAAUUCACUUCCCAGCUCCUGCAUUGAAUUGUACAACAACUAUAUUGUACCCUGCAAUGGAUUUAAAUUGUAAAUUAUUGGGGGGCCAACCUGGAGUAAGGGGCAUGCUUAAAUUAUACUAGGGCUGCAAUAUGUCUUGAAUUUCCUGGACAUAGCCAGGAUUCGGCAGUCAAAAAUGUCCAGGAAAACCUUGACGUAUGGCAAUCCAUGUUGGAAGUGACUAAUUUCCUUAAAAAGAGCUCCAAAACUUUUUUUUUUGUAUCUUGAGAUUUUGCAAAAGAAGCUCAACAAUUUUUGUGUCCGGAUUUUCACUUUUUGAAAUACGGCAACCCUAAAUUAUACAACACUGGGUGACAGGAAAAUAAUGAUCUGGGAUAUUGUAUAUCUAUGAUUGAUUCAUUCACAUGUGCAAGUCAUAACUCGAUGCUACAGUUAUCACGUGAGAAGCGUCUACGGGGAAUCCAAGCCUAAAUUUGUACUGAUUUCACUGGAUCUAUUUGGAACAAGGUUGUUUUUUUUUUUUUAAAAAAAUGGAGAUUAUGAGAUUACCAAAUUGGUCCCCACAAUUCCAGGUAAUAUCCAAGGUUUUUUUUCGUUUUCGUUUUUAAAAUAAAAAUAAAAGAAUACUGUGUAUAGUCCUGAUCACUCACCACACCUCAAAAAGUUAUUGUAGAGCUAGAGAAAGUGCAGAAAAGAGAAAGCAGAAUUACUGGGGGCUGGAAAAACUAUUUGAAGGGGCAAACUCAUCGAGGCUUUUUAGUUUCGAAAAAAUAUGAGGUGGGGGGUGGUCAUGACAUGUUUAUAAACCGUGCAUGCUGUGGAGAACAUGGAGAGAGAGAUUUCUCUCCCUCUCCCAUAACACUAGAACUCGGGGAAAUUCAAUGAACAUUGGAAGAUUCAGGACAAAUGAAAGUACAGUGGUACCUCUACUUACGAAUUUAAUGCGUUCUGAACACACAUUUGUAAGUCGAAAAAAAAUGUAAGUCGAAAAAAAUUGUAAGUCGAAUCCCAUAGGAAUGCAUUGGGAGAAAAAAUUCGUAAGUAGAAGCAACCCUAUCUAAAAAUUCAUAAGUAGAAAAAAAUCCUAUCUAAACCACAUCCAAGAUGGCGGACAGAGCUCCAUUCGUAAGUAGAAACAUUCGUAAGUAGAGUUAUUCAUAAGUAGAGGUACCACUGUACAGUGGUACCUCGGGUUACGAACACCAUCCGUUCCGGGAUGCAGUUCGUAACCCGAAAUGGUCUUAACCCGAAGCGCCAUGUUGCGCAUGUGCAAAGUGUAAUUUCCGCGAUUUGCACAUGCGCAAACCAAGUGCGCCGCUUCUGCGCAUGCGCAGAACACACACGCGGCAGAAAUACUUCCGGGUUUGCGGAGUUCGUAACCCGAGGUGUUCGUAACCCGAGGUACGACUGUACACUACGUGCACUGUGGAUAGUUAACAGGAUGUUGGGACAGCCACCAACUUUGAAUGACUUUAAACAGGGAUUCGACAAAUUAAUGGAGGAUAAAGCUAUCAGUGGUUACUAGCCCUGGUGGUUAUAUUACCUCCAGUCUAAGAGGCAGGAUGACUCUUAAUACCAAUUGCUGGGGAACAUGAGCAGAAGAGUGCUUAGUUUUGCUUGUCAGCUUCCUAUAGUCAUCUGGUUGGGACUAGAUGGACUACUGAUUCAGUAGGGUGUUUAUGUUCAAGUUCAGUUUAUAUUUUCCCACAUUUGUAUCCCCUACCUACAUCCUCAAAGGAGCACUUGAUUUCACCACCUGCAAGUUAUGUGUCAUUCCGCUGUCAGAACGAUCCUGUGAAGCCGACUUAGACUGAUCAUGACUGGUCAGAGCACAGCAAGGUUUUGAACCCAGGCUCUUCAUCACAUGGCUAGUUCUUCCAAAUUAAGAAACCGGCAUGCUCCUUAAUUAACUUUGUUAACCAAGUGGUAUACGAAUAGCAUAAAUAAAACAGAUACUGUACCUCUGGUUAAAUUGAGCUGAUUAAAAAAACCACUUUCCAUAUAUUUUCGUAGUAUCGCAGAGGAUGUGCUUUGUGACUUAAACCCAGUUAUCUGAGGUUGCCUAGUAAGCAGGAUCUGCCCAGUACAGUGGGGGGGGGGGGAGAGUAUUUGAUCCCCUGCUAAAUUUGCCCGUUUGCCCUCUCACAAUGAAAUGACCGGUCCAUACUUUUAAUGGUAGGUUUAUUGUAGCUGUGAGAGACAGAAUAACAACAGGAAAAACCCCAGAAACCCAGAAGACAAAAGUCACGAGAUUGAUGUGCAUUAUAAUGAGUGAAAUAAGUAUUUGAUCCCCUAUCAAGCAGGUAGAUGUCAGGCUACCUGGUAUCUUCACUGUAUGUAAUGAACUGAGAUUAGAAGCACCUGCUGUAAGGGAGAGGUUUUACCUGUAAUCCCAGCUCAUUACAGUACCUGUACAAAAGACACCUGUCAACAGAAGCAAUCAAUCCAGCAGAUUCCAAAGUAGCCACCAUGACCAAGACCAAAGAGCUGUCCAAGGAUGUCAGGGACAAGAUUGUAGACCUGCACAAGGCUGGACUGGGCUACAAGACUACUGUAUUGCCAAGCAGCUUGGUGAGGUGGUGACAACAGUUGGUGCAAUAAUUCGCAAAAGGAAGAAACACAAAAUAACUGUCAACCUCCCUCGGUCUGGGGCUCCAUGCAAGAUCUCAUCUCGUAGAGUUGAAAAGAUCAGGAGAACAGUGAUGAAGCAACCCAGAACUACACGGGGGGGGGGGGGCGGACUUGUCAAUGAUCUCAGGGCAGCUAGGACCAUAGUCACCAUGAAAACAGUUGGUAACACACUACGCCGUGAAGGACUGAGAUCUUGCAGAACCCGCAAGGUCCCCUUGCUCAAGACAGCACAUGUACAGGCCCGUCUGCAGCUUGCCAAUGCACAUCUGAAUGACCCAGAGGAGAACUGGGUGAAAGUGUUGUGGUCAGAUGAGCUCUUUGGCAUCAACUCAACUAGCCGUGUUUGGAGGAGGAGGAAUGCUGCCUACGACCCCAAGAACACCAUCCCUACUGUCAAACAUGGAGAGGGACAUCUUAUGCUUUGGGGGUGCUUUUCUACUAAGGGGACAGGACACCUUCACCGCAUUGAAGGGAUGAUGGACAGGACCAUGUAUCGUCAAAUCUUGGGUGAGCACCUCCUUCCCCCAGCCAGGGCAUUGAAAAUGGGUCGAGGAUGGGAAUUCCAGCAUGACAAUGACCCAAAGCACAUGGCCAAGGCAACCAAAGGAGUGGCUCAAGAAGCAGCACAUUAAAGUCCUGGAGUGGCCUAGCCUGUCUCCAGCUCUUAAUCCCAUCGAAAAUCUGUGGAGGGAGCUGAAGGUUCGAGUAGCUACACAUCACCCUUGAAAUCUUACUGACUUGGAGAGGAUCUGCAAAGAGGAAUGGGACAAAAUACCUCCUGAGAUGUGUGCAAACCUGGUGGCCACCAACAAGAAACAUCUGACCUCUGUAAUUGCCAACAAGGGUUUUGCCACCAAGUACUAAGUCAUCUUUUGCAAAGGGAUCAAAUACUUUUUUCACUCGUUAUAAUGCACAUCUCUAACUUUUGUCUUCUGAGUUUCUGGGGUUUUUUCCUGUUGUUGUUCUGUAUCUCAAAGCUACAAUAAAUCUACCAUUAAAAUUAUGGACUGGUCAUUUUUUCAUCAGAGGGCAAAUGAGCAAAUUUAGCAGGGGAUCAAAUACCCCCCCACCUCACUGUAAGUAAUCUAUACCAGUUCAGCAAUGGAAUAAAAAGGAGCAAGAAAAUACUGCCUCUAGGCAGGUGCACAGUGCCACAUCUUCCCUACUGAGUUUCAUCCGAGUCCUGGCAGCAAACAACUGCAAAUAGGAUUAACAUCUUCCCCACUCCCACCGUCUGACAUGCUGAAAUCCAACAGGUGCAACUUUCCCCAUUACUACCAGAGGCCAAACCUUUACCUGUUGAAUUUAUGUCCCAUUUGAAGGAGACCUGUGGCAGAGAAGCGGAUGAGGAAGGGCCAUAAUAUAGGAUGGAAAAACAAACCCCAUUUGUUUCUCCCAGGCAAGCUGGAGCCCCGGCACCUCUUUAAAAAGGGAUUAAUAACCGCCUAAUAGCGGUAAAGGGCGCCAAGGGCAGGCGCAGCUGAAACUGGCCUGCUCGGUAGGCUCUGGAAGCCGCCGCAGCCACACCCGGAGCCUGGCCAGGCAAGGCAAGGCAGGCAGGCAGGCAGGCAACGGAGGAAGUCUCGUGUGCCCCCGUUGCUAUGGAACGCAGGUCAAUAAAGCGUGUUUGGAUUGUGGAGCGAAGCGCAAGGUCUGUUUGCUUAGUGGUUAGAGGUGCAAAAGUCGGCAUUGUCCCACUGGCAGCGG